UGAACCCUUGCAAUAGAUUUAUAUUUCCUCCCCUAAAACUAUGUUAAACAGGACAGACAUGUGCAGUCGGUGGAAAACAUAGUUGCGAUGAAUUUUAUCGAAGAGACGCCCUGCGCCGACGUUAUCGGAAGACGCCGUCAGCUGGGGUCUGACGCCCCAGUCUCACGGUACACAUGGCUGAAACCGGUGGACUUCAUCUCCUCUCCUAGCCUAGGCUUGUAUGUGAUGUAUUUGCUGCCUCACAGAGCCAUCCUCUCCAGAAGGGCCUGUAGAUACGGACUGUUUACAUUCUUGGUGCUUUGGUUGUUGCCCUUCUGUCUAUCUAAACCUCCUAAUCAUGCUGCCGACACGUACAAGCAUGAGUCCGUCAACUUUGACUCGAAAAAUCAAGACGUCGAUGUGUUGUACAAGGCUAUUUCUACUGAUGCACCCAAUAUCCAAUCUCCUGCUCAGGAUGCAGAAGGAACCUUUAGAGUUGCUGAUCCACCUGUGGAAAAAACAAAAGAAGAUUCUGCUCCUUACUUGGAUAGAUAUCACGUGAUAAAGGUUUCGUUCGAUAGGGUGCAAACGCCGUUCAUAAUAGGAUUGUGGAUAUUUUGCGCCAGUUUGGCGAAAAUUGGAUUUCACAUGGCACCUCAGCUCAGCAAGAAGUUUCCAGAAUCCUGUCUCUUGAUCUUCGUAGGAGUUGUCAUUGGAGUGAUCCUAGUCCACGUUACGGACAGCGUUCAUCUCACAGAUAGUGCUCAUGUUUCACCAUUAACACCAGAUACGUUCUUCUUUUACAUGCUUCCGCCAAUCAUUUUAGAUGCCGGAUAUUUCAUGCCCAAUAGACUUUUUUUCGACCAUCUUGGGACUAUAUUGUUAUUUGCUGUUAUUGGAACUAUUUUCAAUACGUUGACUAUAGGUGCUUCCUUGUGGGCAGUAGGUCUAACAGGACUAUUCUCCUGCGAGACACCUCUGCUAGACAUGUUCCUGUUUGGAUCCCUGAUUUCGGCAGUGGAUCCCGUGGCUGUGCUUGCCGUCUUUGAAGAAAUACAUGUGAACGAAAUUUUGUACAUUGUUGUUUUCGGAGAAUCCCUCCUCAACGAUGCUGUUACUGUUGUCCUUUAUCAUCUUUUUGAAUCGUACAAGCUUAUAGGAAUCAAAGAAGUCGCCUAUACGGACGUUGUGAUUGGUUUCGCGAAUUUUUUCGUGGUUGCCAUUGGCGGUACUGUGAUAGGGGUUUUAUGGGGAUUCGCUACUGGUUUCGUGACGAAAUUUACGAAUGAAGUGCGUGUGAUUGAACCUAUUUUUAUAUUUGUGAUGGCUUACUUAGCCUACCUGAAUGCCGAAAUAUUCCACAUGUCCGGAAUACUUUCAAUAACAUUCUGUGGAAUCACCAUGAAAAAUUACGUCGAGGCGAACAUAUCCCAUAAAUCCCAUACAACAAUAAAGUAUACAAUGAAAAUGUUAAGUAGUUCAUCGGAAACGAUUAUUUUCAUGCUGUUAGGAGUAGCAACUGUUAGUAAUACGCAUGAGUGGAAUACCUGGUUUAUUUUGCUCACAAUCAUAUUCUGCUCAGUUUAUAGGGUUGUAGGGGUGAUUAUUUUCACUGCGAUAGCAAACCGCUUCCGCCUGCAUCAACUAGACAUGGUUGAGAAAUUUGUAUUAUCUUAUGGUGGCCUAAGAGGAGCGGUGGCUUUCGCUUUGGCACUGCUCAUCAAAGAGGAUGCAGUUCCACACAAGUCCAUGUACAUAACGACUACCAUAGCGGUUGUAUACUUCACCGUUUUCUUCCAGGGUAUGACAAUUAAGCCUUUAGUUAAAAUACUGAAUGUGAAAACUGCCGAAAAACGGAAACCAACUAUGAACGAGAGAAUUCACGAGAGACUAAUGGAUCAUACAAUGGCUGCCAUCGAGGAUAUUUUGGGACAGCAUGGCAACUACCAUAUCAGAGAUAGAUUCAAACGUUUCGAUAACAAAUUUAUAAGGCCACUUCUUCUGAGGAAUCAUCAAGGAGCUGAACCGAAAAUUUUGGAAACUUAUUCCAAAUUGGCUAUGAGAGAUGCAAUGGACUAUAUGCGUAGAAAUGCAUCAACCAUUGGCAAUAUCUCUGGAACUGAAAGCAUGUCUGCAAUAUUCAAGAAUUAUACUGCAAACAAUCUCAACGGAAGUACUAGCUUCAGCCAACUAGAUUCGAGUACGUGGAAUAUUGAUAUGCAAGAAUUAGAAUAUAAUCCAUCCAAAAAGGAUUUGACGGAUGCAAGAAUCCAUCACUUAUUGGCUGAAGAGUUAGUGAAGCCUUAUAGAAGGGUAUUGUUGCAGCAUCGAAGACUAAGCUAUAGCAGACAUGCAGUAAAUGAUAGAGAUUUGUCGACACAAGUCAAUUAUAAAAUGCAUUACAAUAUGAGGAGGAUGGUGGCAGACAGGAAACACCAUCAUAGUAAACGUCAUAGCAAAAAAUUGCAUAAGGAAGGUAAACACAAUCAUGUUAGUUUUCCGGAAUUUCAACAAAAUGGAACGGCCAAGCAGUUUUCCCAUGAUUACAUAAACGACGUACUUCAAGAAGAUAAUGCGGAUUCUAAGGUUGAUAAAGAAGACUGGGAUAGUCCUAUAACUUUCACAGCAAAAUCUUCACCCAGUACAGAAACUGACGCUAGUGGUAGUUUCACAAACCAGAAAAUGCCACUGAUGGGAACGAAAAAUAAAAAAUGUACGAUAUCAGAAGCAGUGCUCCCUUGGAAAAGAGAACGGCUUACACUUUUGAAUGUUUCAGGUGAUAUCAUGAAUUCAAGCUCGGGAAAACGAUCGUCACGAGGUUCCAUUGAUGGAGGUGAUUUAAUGCGUGUGACAACGCCUACUGCUACAGAGACGAUGCUUCCAUGGAAACGUGGCGAAGAGGAAAAUUCAGCUCCUUUACAACAAUGCGAGUUUCCCGCAUGGGCAUCCAAUAAAGAGUAUCUAGCCUAUAACUCUCCAUCUGCAACAUUCUUAGGAGGAAUAGAAAAUCACCGAUCUUCUGUAAUCGGAUUGUUCAGGAGAGAAAGUAUAGGAUCUGAACACUUCAACAGUAGUAAUGAUUCCACCCCCAGGAAAGAAAGACGUGAAUCAUCAGGUACUUAUAAUACUGCGACCAUGUUGGUUGACGACGGCAAUCCAGACCCCUUAGGAGUAAUCCAAAAAACUUUGUCUGCUAACACCAUUCCACCGUUGCCACAGCCUCCUCAAACACCCGGACAACGGAGGCAAAACAGGAGAGGUUCUAUGCUGGAGCUUACCGGGUGCGUUUAUGAUCAAAAAGAUAGAUCAAUAACUCAAGUUACGAUACCUGAAGAAAGCUCUAACCGUAAUGGAGCCAGCAGGAAACCUGGUUGGUUGCAGCCGAAUACCAGUUCCAGGAUAAAACCCACUACUUGUAAACCCAGUUUUGGUACUCAAUUGAUAAGUACUGUAUCAUCUCCUUCCCAAACUGAAUCAGAAAGUGAUCAUUCUGAUGCAGAUAUAGAAUGUCUCAUGAAAGCUGGAUUGUGAAAAGUAGAAAGCUUGGAGCAGCAGUCCCAAAAUAUGGGAUAGUUUGAAAGAAUGGAAGUCUGGUAGGACACGAAAACCAUGUUUUCGAAACUUUAUGGGCAUACUUACCAUUUGCAAUUUGCAUUCACCAACACACUACAUACAAAAAACAUUUUGCUUAAUUAUACUUAUUCAAGUAUCCAUAAAUGUGGGAAAGUAAUUUCGAAGACGAGAGAGCAGUUUGUCAGUUUGAUUAUCUUUCUAGAAGUAAUAAUAACACCAACAUUCGCUUUCGAAAAACUGUUUGAAACAAAUAGUGAAAAUGUUACAAUAUAAUAGAUCUAAUAGAGUUAUAGAAAUAGGAAUAGUGGGUUCAAGUUUUCGUGUCUGUAUGUGUUUGAGAACUUCAUUUUGACAGAAAGAAGGUUUAGGGAAUAUAAAUGGUAUUGAGACAGUGGAAUAAUCAUAGUCAUUAAAAUUUACUCAGAACUAGAGGAACCGUAGUCAAUGAUGUUUUCAAAAUUAUUGUUUUUUCAUUAAACAUUCAUUGGGAAAUGAAUGGUAGCCUCAUUUCAGAAUAUUGCAUAACAUAAUGUCCUAUUUGACGAAAAAACUUCAAAUCCUAGUUAUGUACAGAAACAAUUUCAAAAAAUUUGAGACUAGAUCUUAUCUUAUUAUUCAUUUUCCAGCUACAUAAUGUUUAUGGACGAUUUUUUUCAUGAACUCUUUAUAAAUAUGGUGUAAUCAAUUUUUGAAUUUUCCCAUUUUCUCUUCUGGUUUUUCAAUCGUUGUUUUAGUAGCUUUUAUAGUUCGCAUUACUUUUUGUCAUGCUGCCUGCAGGUUAAAUUCUUUCAAAAUCUGUAAACUGAAAUUGUCCACCUGAAUAAUUUGAUUGUAACAAUUAUUAAUCUCAUAGUUGAAAAACUGAACGAAUAUUAGUUCUAUUUCACACCAUAAUUUUCUUCAUAUUUCAUUAUGUUCAACAUAACAAAUUCAAUGAAUAUGAACUGCUUAAAAGUUUCAAAAGUUUUUGAGAUUGACCUAGAUGUACUAAUCAUCUCUAUGAAUAUUAUGGAGCUGGAACAUUCUACAGGAGAAUGCAUGUAUAGACUACUAACUUCAGUUUCUAUGAAAAGAAUUCAACCCAAUAUAAUUACUUAUUCCAUACAAUGACUAAAGUUUGAAAGAGAAAACGUUGAUGAAAAUAUACAGUAUCUAACAAAUUUCAUCAUCAACAAAGCUAAAUUUCAAAAUUAGCAUGCCAUUCAAACUAAAUUCGUUUGUAGCUUUUACGUAUAAUCGAACUUUUUUCCGAUAAAGGAGCAGAAUAUAUUCCUGAUAACAUGAAUUUGUAUAUACAAACUGAAAUAAUAUAUUGGGGAAAAAAGAAGUCAAUAAUAAAAGUUUCGAAAAAUAAAAAAAAAUAUAUUUCCUACAUUCCUUUUCGAAGAUAUAACAUUCGAUAAUAUUAUAGUUGUAACUUAUAGUGAUAUAACUUUUCAAUAAAUACGUACCAAUUACUGCUCAUAUACACCUUUUCAACACAUGCCCUACAUAUCUCAAAUGUUGCACUCAGACAUUCUCAAUAAACCCCGAUUCUGAUGAUCUAAUCAAUAUUUUUAAGAUGUAUUUUUCGGUUAGUUAGUUAAUUUCCAAUUUCUUUUUCAAGAAAACUUCCUAUAAUUCUGAUAAAAUGCUUUGAUUUACUAAAUGAUGUAUCAAUGAGUAUUAAAUAUGAAUAUCUCAAUUUUGUAUCAAACACGUUAAUUAUGUGUAUUUUUUUUUUGGCAAUGAUAUGUCCACGUAUGUAUGGACUAUUUUUGAAGAUCUUUUCUAAAAUAAAUUUUUGCUGUGUGAAAGGAACAGCCCUGUACAAAAGAAUCAAGAGGUUAUAGAGGGAGUCAGCAUAAGAAGCUCUUUUUUAUUGAUGGAACCUUCAAAUCUAUAUAAUUUUCGUUGAAAGUGCCUUAAAAUUCAGAGAGAUGGUUGAUUAUUGCAAACCUUAUGAUAUCAGGGUUUGUUCCAGAAAUAACAAGGGAACUCGACUUAAAUAACCUUAUUUUAUCAUUUUGCAUUGAUUUUUUAUAUAUUGAUUAAGAAUAAGGUAUUCAAGAAAGAAGUACUUAUAUAAAAGACAUAAAAAUAUUAGAUUGAACGAAGCCAAAGAAAACUUGAAUUUAUUUUCUGUUCAAUCUCCUAAACAGGAAAAUAAAUUAGUCGAAUAUGUAGCCGAUACCAGCUUUUGUAGAUGAUUCGCCAAAGUUCAACUUGUAGACGAAAAGAGAAAAAUUAUGUAUAUUUUGAGGAAUCUAGAAUUCAUGAACUAAUUUGAGCAAUGAAUAGGUUUUUUGUAAAAUCUUUAACAAAAUUGUGAAAUUGUUGAAGUAUUCAAGAGUCAAGUGGAUAAAAAGGUAUUGAUGUACUGACUGAUAUUAUUAUCAUAUUACAUCCAUUAUUACUUUGUCCUCAUAAAAUUAUAGAAUGAGGAAUGAAUUCUCAACCUAUUUUGAUGGAUGAGCUUAAUGAAUUAAAUAUGAUAAAUUUCAAAAUUAUUCUUGUACAAUAUUCAUUUUGAGUUAUAUAUAUUUUUUCUCACUCUCGAGUACAAACAUAAUUUCAAUUAUUGCAUAUUAAUUUUAAUUUAAUCAGCAAUAAAAACCUUUACCAAUAACACGAUAAUUGUUGAAAAAUUUAAAUUUUUGUCAUGAGAGUCAAACUUUUCUAGAAAUUAGAAUUGUCUUAUUGAAAUAUAUUAUGUUCAAAUAUCCAUCUUCCUCUUGAAAACUUGACAACGUUUUUUCGGAAUAGAGAGAAUAUAUUUCAACUAUCCAUAAGAAAUUCCAUUUUCGAUAGAUGAGAAUUCAUUGGAAUGCAUAAAGAACGGAAAUUGUAAUAAUGCAGAAUAUACUGUAGUUAAUUUUAUAGAAUCUAUUUUCUAUAGUGCUAAAUAAUUUGUUGUUAUUAAUUCUUUGAAAUAAAAUAAACUUUUGCCAAUA